ACAGUCUUCAGGGUAUUAGCCCGUGGACAUGGUAACACUACACUGGAGCUGUUUCUUGGAGUGGUGAUUUUUGGAAAUCAGUUCCGCUAAAUUGAUGGUGGUAGGAUAACUUAAGUUUGUGUAAUUGGUCACAUGUGUAGCAAACGAAUUGCCUUUUAAAAAAGCCCUUAAAACAUUUCACAGACGUGCUUUUAACGGUCUGUAAACGUCAGUUGUUACGCCAUUUUAGUGGACGGUACUAUUUUACUAUAUAUAGACACUCUUAAUUGUAUCAUUGUUUAUUUUAACUCCGUUUCCUUUAGCAUGUGUUUUUUAUUGUCCAAUGUCUUUUAAAUGCGGUCGUUCCUUUGUGUAAAGCGCUUUGUAGGCUACAAUGCUCGAGAGGCGCGGAGUAAAAUCAGUUUUGGUUCCGUUCACCAUAUACCACGUCCCACUUUUAUAUAUUCUGUUUAUAUAAAUGUAUGCUGUUUAAAUAAACUUUUUGGUCAUUCAACAAGAAAUGGAAAUCUCUUUGUUAUGAUUGGUUGCUGUUUAAGGAGCUACGCCCACAAGGGAUGAUCCAGCUUGAACUGUCCGCCAUUUUGGCUCGAGGGUUUCCUUCAAACGAAACAUUGUAAGGCGGAUACACAGGCCGCUUCUUAAACAAGUCUGAAUUGUUAUGUUGAAUAACACCGCAGCUGCCGCCUCCGGUCACAAAGUGAAUCGCACUGCACAUUUUUAGAACAUAGCUGCACUUACUUGUUUUUUUCUGCAAUGUCACGACUGGUUUCCGUGGACUACGAGGUGUUCGGACAAGUGCAAGGUGUAUUCUUCCGCAAGUAUACACAGAAAGAGGGGUGCCGGCUGCAGCUAGUGGGCUGGGUGCGGAACACAAACUGGGACACGGUGGAGGGCCAAAUCCAGGGCCCGAAGGAGGCUGUUGAAAGUAUGAAAAAUUGGUUGAGAACCACAGGCAGCCCUAUGUCCCGAAUUGACAAGGUCAACUUUGCCAACGAGAAAGAGAUCCCUGCCCUAGAGUUCAACUCCUUCACCACAAGAUACUGAAGGGUUAACUCCUGCCCUGCAUCUCAUGCAUCAGCAGGUGUAAGGUGGCCUGCAUCACUUUUAACUCUUCAUCUGCUCCCCCCAUCUGUGCAUCCCAUCAACUGACCAUUUAGUGCACUGGAAAUUUUAAAGAAUGGCUGGUUUCAGGAGUAAAUUAUUUGGGAUGUGGGGGACAAUUCUUCUCUAACUUCAGCCACUAUCCCAAUGCGAAGUACAUUUUAACAGACAUCUAUUUAGAAAGAAACAUGCCACUGAAGGAAUCGGUCUGCAACAUUUGUGUAAUAAAACAUAUUUGUGUGUCUACUGAUGUAAUCGAAUAAAAAAAAACAACAAAACAAAAAAAACAUUAGCACUGUUAGCUACAUUGUCAUCUACCAAAAAGUGUUUGUAAUAUACGAGUCCAGUCAAUUUCAGAUGAUAUGAUUGGAUUAAACUGUAGAGCAUU